CUUGUAAGACCUAAAUUAGGAUAGAUUGACAAAAUUAACCCCAAUUAAAAGCCACAGACAACCGGCCGAUCCACGUGCCAUCUUUCACCUGUUCCCAAAAAAACUACUCCGUAUCUCCUACCCAAACCUUUCCGAAAAUCAUUUAAAACAAAAGCUUCUUCUCCAACGGUUAAUUUCAAUCGAGCUUUGAAGACGAUAAAACAGUCGAGCUUUGAGCGUAAUUGAGGUAGAGCAAAGUGAAGAGCAAAGUGAAGAGCACAGACGAAUAACAAGUAUGGCGAAGCGAAAGAAGAGGUCAGACGACGGAAAUGAAGACAAACAAUUAACCGAUAAUGAAGUUUCAGACAGUGAUUUUGAGACGAAGGAGAAGAAGGAAACAACCAAUGAAAAACAAACGAAGAAGGAGCAAGACAAAGAAGAGGUUCUUCCAUCUGGCAAGGUCAUUGUAAGAUCAUGUACAAGAGGACUGCUUGACAAUAAAAAAGAAUUAAAGGUUAACUGUUUCGCAAAUGUGCACAAUGGCAUGGAAAAAAUAAAUAAAUUGCUAAAUCAGGACCAACUUCAGACAUUCAGAAACACAACAUUUGGAAAAAUGAUAGACAUUGGAAAUGUGCAAUGGAUGACCGGUCAGCUGCUCAUUCUAAUUGUAGAAAAUCAUGUGAAAAAGCUGGACGGUAAAGUGUAUAGAGACAGGUUCAUUUUCAACAUUGGUGACAGAUUGGUCUACUUCUACAAAAGAGAGUUUGCUUUAAUAACUGGAUUCAAGAUGGGAGGCGAAAAACCUGUGAUUUCUACAGAGACAAAAGGUGACAUAUGGAAAAGGUUUUUUAACUCAAGGGAUAAUGUAUCAAGGAAAUACAUUAAGAGAGCUUUUGAAGAGUUUGAUAAUAUAUUGGUGGAUAAACAACCUUUAGAUAAGGUAAAGUUGGCGGUUCUGAAUAUAAUUUCUAACUUCUUAAUUGGGAACCAGCCAAGUGUGAAAUGUCCUGAGAAGUACAUAAAUAUGGUAGAUAAUCUGGAUUUGGUGAAUGAAUAUCCAUGGGGAGAUGAAAUCUGGGAAGAUUUGCUUGAAAAGGUACCUAAGUGGAGUCACAACAUUACAAACUCAAAGAAUGAUAGGUAUGGAUUUCCAGGAUUUAGCUUUGCAUUGCAAAUAUGGGCGUUUGAGAGUUUCCCAGCGCUUAGGAGGACAAAUGUGUGCAGCAUUGAAGAAGACAGAAAAGGAAUGUGGCCAAGAUUUCUGAAAUGGUCAAUUCCUAAAAAAACUUGUUGUGCAACACUUGCUGACAACAUAUUUGACAACAAACAGUUUGAAUUUAAAAAAAUGUGCCCAACAGAGGUGGAGCUUCAAAAUCCCAUGAUAAAGGCAUUUUAUGCAGAAAAAAUGCCUAACCCUGUGAUGAAAAAGAGUCGUCUCUCUUUGGUAGGAAAGAGGAAAGAGAAUCCUGUCAAGGCAGAUGAAACAGAAAUUACAAAAGAUGGGAGGACUGAUGAAGCAAAGCAUGUGCAAUUUGAAGCUGAAAGAAAUCAAGUCAUCAGUGAUCAAGGACAUGAAGACAUGCAGCACCAAAACUCUGAGCAUGCAGGUCACAGUGGAAUCAACAACUUAAACCGCAUGUUUAAGAGAAGAAAGGGGGUUGGAAAUGAACUUAGAGAAAGCACCAUACUACGUAACUUAAUGGCUGCGGUGGUGCUCCAAUCAAAGAAGACACAGAAGCUUGAGAAAAGAUUGGAAAAGCUUGAGGAUGGAAUGAAGAAGCUUCUAAAUGGGCAAAGGGAGCAAUCUGAAAUGUUGAGAUCACUUCUUAGGAAGAUUGAUGAAUCUGAAGAAGAUGACAGCGACAAAAGGGGGCUGGACUUAGACAAUGAUCUUCAUGCGGAGGAAGAAAACAAAAUGGGAAAGAAGCUGUCUCCUAAAAAUAAAGCUAAUGAUUAUUCUAUUGCUGUAUGUGCUACGCCAAGUUUUGAUCUCCAUCUUGAUGACACACAGGACAUGAAAGAAACUGAGGGAGUAAGAGAAGAGGAUGAAGAACAACAAGCUGGUAGUGAUGGUUCCAGUCAACUUGAUAAACAGAUUGAUACUAAUGAUGCAGAGCCCAUCUGUGCUCAAAAUCAAGACGUUUUGAUUGGUGAAGAAGCUGAGGCGCCAACUCAAACAAGCAUCAACAGUGAGGAGCUACAAAUGCAUGUCAAUACAGUCCUUUCGGAUGUCAUUAAAGAUCUGAAGAAAACAGAGGAGAUAAUAGAAGAAGAGGAAGAGCAGAUGGUGGUAGAUAGACAGAAUGAGAGUGGUAAUGAUCAGUUCCAAAUAAAGGAUGUUCUCAUAGAUGACAAAAAGUUACUUAUACAGGUACAAGAGAAAACAAGAGUCCUUGAAGAGGAGGGAGAUGAGCUGACACGACCAAGGAGAAAUGUUAGAAGUCCUGAAAGAUACACACCCAAUCCAACAACUGAAAUGAAGAAGAAGAAAAUGCAGAAGGCAAUGAAGAAAAGAGAAAAAGCAGAGAGUGACACAUGUCUAGUACAAGGACCAUUUACAGAAGAUCCAAAAGAGAAGCCUUGUAUGGAGGAUGUGCACAAAGUGAAGAUUUAUUUAGCAGAGGGGCUGCUAAAGAAGCACUCCAGUAAUGUCCAAAAGAAGUACAAAAAGAAGGACGAAGAGCUAGUGUCAUGCCCAUUCGGAUUGCAGCUGGACAACUUCAUUAUAAGAUCAAAAACAUGGAUUUAUGACCUCUACACCAAUCCCAAUUGGUUGACCGAUACACACAUGGGAGUAGCAUUUUUCUACCUAGGCGUGAAGAGGAAGCAAUUUAAUCUGAAGCAGAAGUUUGCCACAGCAGAUCCUUUAUUAAUUGGCCUGAUAAAGACGAAAGCCGAACUGUUGGAAAAUGAAAACACAACACUGACAGAGGCGGCAUACAAUGGCACAAUCAUGAAUAACAUCUUGGGUACUAGCCAAGUAAACAUGAUGCCAUGGGCAGAUGCUGAUUAUGUAUACAUACCACUUAAUACAGCAAUGCAUUGGGUUCUAUUGGUUUUAGAAAUCAAUGAAAAGCGUAUCCGGGUUUACGACUCAAUGAAAAGAAGAGGGGAUACAGUGUCUAGCAUAAGGUCAUAUACCAAAUGCUUAGAGACUUUCUUGCCGAAGGUCAUGGAGAGAUUAGGAGUGUACGACAAACGUCAACAAGCAGCAAUUGGAAAGGGAAAAUUAAAGAUUGAAAUGGUGCGCAACUGUCCACAGCAGGAAGAUGGGGGGAACUGCGGGAUGUUUGUGAUCAAGUUUGCUGAGUUCUUAAUGCUUGAUCGAGAGGUUACUGAGGUUUCAAAUGAGGACAUGGAGAUGUAUCCAGAAAAGAUGACAACGGAACUACUUUUGUAUGCAUCAACAAAAAAGUAGAUUUAGUAAAUGGUUCUUGAUAUAUGUAUCGUAAACAAAGCACAUUUAUGCUCUUUAAUAUGUACUUUAAUGCAUCUAAUUCAUAUUUGGAUGUAUUUAGUUAAACUGCAUUUAUG